AUGCUGCAGACCCUCUGGCAUUUUCUGUCUAGCUUCCUUCCCAGGGCCGUAUGCCAAGGUCCUGCAGAUGAAAAAGAGGAUGAGGCCAGAAACACCACCCCACUUCCAGGCCCCGGGGAGAAAGGGCCAAAGAUGUUGGGGAAGCCACAGGACAGAGGGACUGAUCCCACUGAACGGAGACCAACUAUCCUACUGGUGGUUGGACCCGCAGAGCAUUUUCCAAAGAAAAUUGUGAAGGCUGGAGACAAGGACCUGGAUGGACAGCUGGACUUUGAGGAGUUUGUUCACUAUCUCCAAGAUCAUGAAAAGAAGCUGAGACUGGUCUUUAAGAGUUUGGAUAAGAAGAAUGAUGGCCGGAUUGAUGCCCAGGAGAUUGUACAGUCUCUUCGGGACCUGGGAGUCAAGAUCUCUGAACAGCAGGCUGAGAAGAUACUGAAGAGAAUAAGGACGGGACACUUCUGGGGUCCUGUCACCUACAUGGAUAAAAAUGGGACAAUGACAAUUGAUUGGAACGAGUGGCGAGACUAUCACCUGCUGCACCCAGUGGAGAACAUUCCUGAAAUCAUCCUGUACUGGAAGCACUCCACGAUCUUCGAUGUUGGAGAGAAUUUGACUGUCCCCGAUGAGUUCACGGUGGAAGAGAGGCAGACGGGGAUGUGGUGGAGGCAUCUGGUUGCAGGUGGAGGUGCAGGUGCCGUGUCCAGAACCUGCACAGCUCCCUUGGACCGCUUGAAAGUGCUCAUGCAGGUUCAUGCCUCCCGCAGUAACAACAUGUGCAUCGUUGGCGGUUUUACUCAGAUGAUCCGCGAGGGUGGACCGAGGUCACUGUGGCGAGGGAAUGGCAUCAACGUGUUGAAGAUUGCGCCCGAAUCUGCCAUUAAGUUCAUGGCCUAUGAGCAGAUCAAGCGGUUCAUCGGUACUGACCAGGAAAUGCUGAGGAUUCACGAGCGGCUGUUGGCUGGAUCUCUGGCGGGGGCCAUCGCACAGAGCAGCAUCUACCCCAUGGAGGUUCUGAAAACACGGAUGGCUCUAAGGAAGACAGGACAAUAUUCAGGAAUGUUGGACUGUGCCAAAAACAUCCUUUCGAAGGAAGGGAUGGCUGCUUUCUACAAAGGCUACAUCCCCAACAUGCUGGGAAUCAUUCCCUACGCCGGUAUCGACCUGGCAGUCUAUGAGACACUAAAAAACGCCUGGCUGCAACGCUAUGCUGUCAACAGUGCUGACCCCGGCGUCUUCGUUCUUCUGGCUUGUGGCACCAUCUCCAGUACCUGCGGACAGCUUGCCAGUUACCCCCUGGCUCUUGUGAGGACACGCAUGCAGGCCCAAGCUUCAGUGGAGGGUGCUCCCAAAGUGACCAUGAGGGGACUGUUCAAGCACAUUCUGAAGACAGAGGGAGCGUUUGGUCUUUAUCGGGGUCUGGCGCCGAACUUCAUGAAGGUGAUCCCAGCCGUGAGCAUCAGCUACGUGGUCUACGAGAACUUGAAGAUGACUCUGGGCGUGCAGUCGCGGUGA